UGUGAUGGGAGGGUACUUACACUUUUUGCCAUAACAAGAAAAAACUUCACCGGGUUUCAUUUUGCAUCUUGGUAAUCAUAAUCCCAAUCCCCUGUCUGUUAACCCCAACUUUCAUUCGAAGUAGUAGAAAUGAAAGAUUUAUAUAUUUGCCCCGGAGGAGAAGGGGCAAUCAUUCGUUCAUUCAAUGGUUCUCAUCCAUUAAAAUCAUCGUCAAGACAGCCCGAGGCUUCAAGAGAAAGGGUAUAUUUUAUUUCUCGAGCGAUCGCAAAGCUAAGGAGGAAGGUUUGAAGCAACGCACGUAGAACCUGAUGAAUAAACAAUAUUUCGGAUGAUACUUUUGGAAUUUAUCAUCUGUACAUGUGAACGUGCACUCUCACAGGUCGUCAAGUGAUCCACGCGGCUGUUCCACGCUCUUUCCACGCGUGGAAACUCGGGGUUGCAAUGCAUCGAGGAAUCAUUUUAUAUGAAAAUCAUAUUGACUCUUAAGACAUUUCCAAUACUUUCCAAUAGCAUUUCAUUUUCAAAUUCUCGGAAACAGAAAUUUUAAUCCAGAAUUUCCGCCUGAAAACUUUUCGUGCUGCCGUGCACGGCAUCAACUGGUGACUCUUUACACGUGUCUGUCGCGAACCAAUCGAUUUGCACGCCCUGACUCCGUCACACAGCACCUCUUCCGUAAUAUACCACGUCUGAUUACUUUAUAAGCAGCCUCAAAGCUUUGCACGGUACGUUUUUCUUCAGCUUCGUUUGGAAAAGGUAUAGUUUUGGUGGUCAUAUUUUGUUUUCAGCUUUCAAAGCAUUUUUUUAUUGAUUUUUUUCGCCUUUAAAAUGGCCUUGUUUUAUCAACAAUAGUCUCGAAUUUUAGGUGACCCAUUUUUGUGAACGCUGACUUUUCUUGCAAAUGUAAUAUUUCAGAUAAUCUCGUUCCAGUAGCCUCAGCGAAGGAAAAUAGCUUUGAGAAAUGGCUUCCAAACUACCGCCGAAUUUCCCUGUUAUCUAUGGAAACUUUGAAGACUUACCUGUUAAGGUGCAGGAUUUUGUGGCAGACAAAAUCCACCUCUGCCAGCCCGACAAUCUUCACAUCUGCGAUGGAUCCAAAGAAGAAAACGAGGGACUUAUCAAAGAGCUAAUGGAUGCUGGAAUUGCGACUCCCCUGCACAAGCACGAUAACUGGUAGGCUUAUUUGGCUGUUUAGACCAAGGGGGUUCUGGAACGUGAAGUUUUCGAAAUUGCGUGACUCUUUGCACGGCCGGUUGAGAAGUGAACCUUAUUUUAAAGUCAAAAAACUCCCUCUUGUCUCUGGAAACCACAGGUCAUGUACCGGAUAAUUGUUGAAUAAGGUUGGAAAAGUUUUCCAGCACCAGUCAACGCGUCUUGGAUACCCUUUUGCAGUCGGGGAUAAUUUGAAAAUUAUAAUAAAAAAAUAUAUCUCGGCAGUUUUUGUUUGACUAUAUAACCCCCACGCCUAAAGUCAUUUAGUGCCCAAAAUAUGGACCUUUAAGCAAACUACCCUUGAAUUUAGUCUUUCCGCUGGCUUUUAUUUAUUACCUCAUGAUAUUGCAUAAAUUUUUAUAGGAUUGGUAUAGGAUGGAUUCAACUUUGCAUUUGAUGCUAUUUGCAGAAAUGUAAACAUUUUAGGCAUCCUAGUGAUGAAUAGUUUCGACAUACAGAUAUUUUACAGCAGCAACAAUACGCUCUAAGAAAAUUAUUUUACUAAAUUCAUUUUAGCUUGAAGAUAUUUAGCAUUACUUUUAAAUAUCCAUCAGUAAGGUUUUUUAUUUUUCUUUAGUUUUAUGCAUGAUAUUGAAUAAUACAUUUAUGGCGAUAAAAAAUUGAACCAAUUUGUUAGGGAUAAUAUUGAACAACAAAGUAAGUUUCCUGGCCAUUCUUACAAAGUGUGCACUUAAUUAUCUCAAGUAAUUAUGCAUCAGUCAAUUCCAGCUGCACCCAUCUCCCCCCCCCCCCCCCCCCCCGCUCAUAAAUUUAAAAAAAAAAUUUUGGGGAAAAAAAAAUGAAACAAAUUUGUUAGGAAAAAAUUUAAAAAAAAAAUAAAGUUUCCUGGCCAUUCUAAAAAAUGUGGCACUUAAUUUCUCAAAGUAAUAAUCCACAAGCAAAUCCCACCGCCCCCCAUCCCCCCCCCCCCCCCCCGGGCUACUGUGGGGCAUUUGCCCACCUUUUCAGUCCCAGGGGUGGGGCAUUUGCAAAUUUUGUGCUGCCCAGGGGCGGGGCAUUUGCCAACCCCAGGGCUAUUCCCGAGCUUUUGGCAUGCACGCGGUUUCCUGUCAGAAUAUAACUACACAGAGGAUAUUGGUGGAAGAAAAGCAGAUAAGCUCAUCUGUCAAAGACAGGAGGUUGUAAAGGCAUGUUCUCAAUUUUAUGCGCGUAUUUCUUCAUUACUUAUCAAGCCAGAAUUACAUAGCGAAACUCAGGAGCUACCGCCGUGAAUCAACGUUUUUGGGUUAGUGAAUAAAAUUUCUGUUGCUAUUAUUAAUUUUGAAGAACAUCCUUUCAUAUUUAUAACCUAUAUAACUUUACAGCACUCUAUUGAUUUUAAUGUCACUAGUUUUAUAUCAAUACUAAAGUCCUGGGGGGUGGCUGGGUGCAGUUGGAAUUGACUGAUGCAUUAUCAAUAUGGUACUUUUGUUUAUGUUUUACUUUAAAUGAACAUUUCCUGGCUUGUACUUAAUUAUAUCAUUAUUAGAACUGUUUUUUACUGUUUUUCCGUUUUUUCAGUUACACUGUUCGUACUGAUCCCCGUGAUGUGGCACGUGUGGAAUCUAAAACAUUUAUUUGCACAGAAGACAAGCAUGAAUCAGUUCCACGAGCCAAAGAAGGUGUUGAAGGUCGGUUGGGAAAGUGGAUGAGUGUCAGUGAUAUGAAUAAACAACUUGGUGAAAAAUAUCCAGGCUGCAUGAAAGGCAGGUUUUAAUUACAUCAGUUAGCUUUUAUGUAAUGAACUAUCCACAUUCUGAUCAUAAUAAAUUUCACAUUCUUCAGUUUAUCUGAUUGCAAAUGUGGUUCUGUUUUUCAGGCCGCACCAUGUAUAUGUUGUGUUUCAGUAUGGGUCCUGUUGGGUCACCUGUCUCUAAGAUUGGUAUUCAAGUUACUGAUUCCCCUUAUGUUGUUGUUUGUAUGCGUAUCAUGACGCGUAUGGGAAGCAACGUGCUGAAAGUUCUUGGUGACGGUGACUUUGUGAAGUGUCUUCACUCAGUUGGUGUUCCUAAACCUGCUCCCCCCUCUGACUAUCCAUGGCCUUGCAAUCCAGACAAGACUGUCAUCACUCACUUUCCACAUGACCGUGAAAUCAAGUCAUUUGGCAGUGGUUAUGGAGGAAACUCUCUUCUGGGAAAGAAGUGUUUUGCUCUCAGGAUAGCAAGCACCCUUGCUCGUGAUGAAGGAUGGCUUGCAGAACAUAUGCUGGUAUGUUAAUUUCUUUUGGGGGUCCAGACAAUCUGCGAGCCAGCAAGCCAUAGAAAAGAAUAGAGUUUUAUGAAAUUGUAAAUACAUGAAAAAUGUUUCCUGAAAGUUCCCUAUGGGUAUGUGAGGUUUUGCUGUGGGAAUAUUUGCAGAAUUAAGCAGUAUUGGUUGAUUUUGAUUGAUUAGGGUUAAGCACUCAUUUCACUGACUGGGGUUAAGCACUGACUUGCUUUAUGGAUUAGGAUUAAAAGCUGUUUAGUGUUAAACACUUUUGGAUUAGGGUUAAGCGCUUUUUAGGGUUAAAAGCUCAUUUCCAACAGUUAGCUUUUGGUUAUUGUUUUCACUUUACUGCUUUUUGAUUUUUUUUGUAUUCUUCUUUUGCAUGUCUCGCAUGGCUUGCUGGCUCACACUGUAUCCUAACUGUUUUGUGUAGGUGUAAUGCUUAAAUGCAGAGAUACAUAAUUAUUAAAGACACGAUUCAUCAACCUGUAAAUUUAUGAAUCACCCUUAGCAGGCCACUACUUUCUAUAUAGUUAAUGAUAUGUGUUGUUGUCAAACUAUUCUUGGCUCCUAAAUGAGUGUUCCUUUGAUAAAUUUUUCUGCUCCUUUUAAGAUCAUGGGCCUUACAAGUCCAACAGGGGAGAAGAAAUAUAUCACAGGUGCCUUCCCCAGUGCUUGUGGAAAGACAAAUCUAGCCAUGAUAACACCCACCAUCCCUGGCUGGAAAGUUGAGUGUGUUGGAGAUGACAUUGCUUGGAUGUGGUUUGAUGAAGAAGGUCAACUACGAGCUAUCAAUCCCGAAAGUGGAUUCUUUGGAGUUGCACCAGGUUCCUCAUACCUAACAAAUCCAAUUGCCAUGAAGACUUUCCAGAAGGACACUGUAUUUACUAAUACAGCUGAAACCAGUGACGGUGACUUCUGGUGGGAAGGUAAUAAUAUAAAAAGUAAACUCUGUUGUAUAAUGAAGGGGAGGGGGAAGUGCUAUUGUCAAGUGGAAUUCCAGAAAUAUCCACAACCUUCUCUUGCGUUCCCAUUUUGAGACAUCGAUGUUUACUUUCAAGGGUAAAAUAUCCCUGAAUAGGGUGAUUUUAGACAGGAGAACCCUAAGGGAUGGGUUGGGUUGACUCAAUAAGUCAUUCUUUUGGAAUGAAACACCAGGUUGCAAUAAAAUUGCCGUCCAAUAGCCUGGGCUAUUGGAAUGACCUAUCUGCUAACAUGUUGUAAUUAUUAGAUGUCCGAUGGGGAAGCAAGAUUUGCAGAGGUAAAGUAAAUGUUAUUGAAAAGGGGGCUUUGUAAGCUUGAGUACUCUUCACUAGUAAACUUAAGCAAUAGCUUGCCUGAAGGGCAAGUGAAUUUUUUAAUUUUCAUCUCACCCUGAGCACACCACACUUGGUACAUUCAUUAGGUAAAAAAAGGUUGCUUUACAGGGUAGUUGGUUACGUCCCAUCUGUGUACAGAUCUUAUUAUUUUUCUGUUUUUUCUCAGGACUGGACCUACCAACAGAUGUGACUAUAACUAGCUGGUUAGGAGAGAAGAAUUGGAAACCACACACUGGCCCUGAAACUGGCCCCAAAACUAAAGCAGCACACCCCAACUCUAGGUUUUGUGCCCCAAGUGAUCACUGUCCAAUUAUGGACAAGGACUGGGAAAAUCCUAAAGGAGUUCCCAUAAGUGCCAUUCUUUUUGGUGGCCGACGCCCUCAAGGUGUGCCCUUGGUCUUCCAGUCAUUCAACUGGCAGCAUGGUGUAUUUAUUGCAUCAUCAAUGUCAUCUGAAGCUACAUCUGCUGCCGAACACAAAGGCAAAGUAGUGAUGAGAGAUCCUUUUGCAAUGAGGCCAUUCUUUGGCUACAACUUUGGCAAAUACCUGGAGCACUGGUUAGGCAUGGAGAAAAAAGGACGCAACAUGCCAAAAAUUUUUCAUGUGAAUUGGUUUCGCACAGGAGAAGAUGGCCAUUUCCUGUGGCCAGGUGAGCUAUUGCUAAAAGUUAUACAGAAAUAAUGUAGUAGACCUUAUUCUAAAUGUUGAUAACUUUAGUAUCCUUUCAUGUUAUGCUAAGUAGCCAACGUUAUUCCCAGGUUCUCUCACCUACCCGUCCCUAAGUAGCCUCUUUGCCACAGUCACAUUUGCAAAAUUCAAUAGUGGACUUCUCUGAUAGGAACAUCAACAAUCUACGUCUUUCUUUUAAUCUUGAAACGAUGUGUUCAAAUUUCCCUUCCCCAAUGGAAGAGAAACCAAUCCAUCCCCUUAUAUUGCCCAACGUAUUCCCCUACCCUGGGGCCCUGGGGCAAGCCGAGAUACUCAUCAGACGUGCCCACCAAUCAGCAGAAUAUUUCGUUUGUUGAUAGGAUUUGGUGAGAAUUGCCGUGUCCUUGAGUGGGUCUUGAAGCGUUGUAACGAUGAAGACGUGGCUGACCCGACUCCUAUUGGCUACGUCCCUAAACCAGGCACCAUCAACACUGACGGCCUUGAUAAGCCUGUAGACAUGGAGAAACUUUUUGCCAUCCCAAAAGAUUAUUGGCUGGAAGAAUGUGAAUCCCUUCGAAAGUACUAUGAGGAACAAGUUGGUGAAGACUUGCCGAAAGAGAUCACAGAUGAACUGAACGCCCUUGUAGCACGUCUUAACGCUGCUUAGGGUCAUGUCUACUAGCCUUCAGCUUGUUCAGUAGUUUGUCAUGAACAUGAAAGUAGUUAAAAAGAUAUAUGCGGACAAAUCAAAGAGAAAGGUCAUUGGCAAACAUGUCCCAUUUUUAAGAGUGUUUGUAAAUGUGUUUUGAUCGGUUUACGUAACAAUUUCUUUUUUGUCACCCGUUACAAAGAAUUACCAAUUACAAGAACAGCCCCAACAAUAACUGAAGUAAACUCUGUAGCAUUUUUCCUCGAGUUCUUGUUUAGUGGUUCUCUGAUAAAAAAUUGAGAUUUCUGUUCUUUGUAGACGUGUUCUUAUAUUAUGUGCUUGGUUUUGUUUUAUUAAAAAAUAAAGUUAACUUGUAACCUUUGUUUCUUGAGUAUGAUAGUUCACAAACCCCGUAACUGACUCGGCUGUAAAGUAAGAAGUCUGUCCAAGGUGCUAUCGCCGCGCAUUAGAGGCCGCUGAAAGUAAAUUUAACACAACUUAACAACGCAACACAAUUUAACAACGCCGGAGCAUUAAUUGAGCGCGAAUCCUUAUUCCACAAAUUCAAAAGUUUGAAAUGCAUAGAUGCAUGCAGUCUUCAUAAUGGACUCUUUCGGGAGGUUGAAGACGUGUCAGCCGAUAUCAGCUCGUCCUCACUUUCAGCGCUUUUAACAGAGGCUAAUUUUUCGCAGUUGCAUUGACUACUUUUCGCACGCCAGUGCAUAUUGCAAAAAAGUGGUCUUUGCUCGCACAGGCCCUUACCACUAGGGUAACUUCGAAAGUGUUAUUCUAAAAACCGCUAUCCAGAAAAUAAACAAACGCGAGAAUACAUGCAGUCGAUAAUGCAGUCCAUUUUUGGAAGGGCCACCUUUAGGUGGGCUCGGCCCAAGGCCCUCUUAACCCUAAAUCCCGUGCUCUUGAGCAAAACAUGUAUGCUCGCACUAGCUCGCAGGGCCCGUAGUUUCCUAUUUUGUAGGGGUCUGCACAGAUGAGAUGAAAAUUAACGAGACAAGGACCGUUUAUACGUGCGAAUACAUGUCGGGUCCCCACAAUAUUUUUAAUCCGUAACGAACCGAAUUUUCUUUAGUUUGCCCUAACCCUGAAAGCAUCAGGUAGGUCUUUUGUUUUUUAUUAUGGCUGUUGGUUAGAAAAUGCCGGGGAGUUUUAUUUUGUACCAGUAGUGUGUAAUAGGGAAAAAGUAUGGGGAGUUUUAGCAACUUGAAAUUGUCCACAGUUUUUCUCUUCAAAUUGGUUGCGUAGAUUAGUUAUUGCCAAAAUGAGACGAUAAAAAAUGACUUUUCUCUGUUGUUCGUAAGAGUGGCAGUAGUCAUGACACUAUUGAAAGGGCAUGUUUGUGGUGCUUGUUCCUCCAUGGCUUCUUCUUUAAGCUGAGAUACGAAACUGAUAAACAACACGACCACAAAUUUAAAAACUGGAAAAACGGACACAAUUCCCGUUUUAGUCAGUGGAGCCGGGUUAGAAUUUUGCGCGUAACUUAUGACCGCCAAACAAACUUAAUGACAGGAUGAAAAAGAGAGACGAAAGAAACGGUGGGAAUGACUUCCGAGUUUUUUUUUUCUGUCACAAACCUUUGAAUCAUGAAGACUCGGGCACGUGAGACGGACGAGUGAUCUAGCAAGCGCAUGCACACAAGCCCCGAGCAUGUUCUACCGUUUUGUUAUUUGAUUUCUCUCUGGUUGUACUUUAUUUAUGGUUAGUUUCAAACUCAUAUUAUUUUUAUUCUCUUUUCAUUUUUACUAUCCUUAUAUUCCUUCAGUCAAGGAUUUGGUACAGUUUCUGUCAAAGUUUUUGUUCAGUGUUUAGCUUCUCUAUUUCAUGUGACACUUGUAUAUCCAUCUGUUUGGGCCACUAUCAAACAUUUUCGACAAAAUCGAACAAAAUCAUGGAGCGCACCUUAUGUCGCCUUUGACCGUUACUGUGAAGCCGAUGUCACUUCAGACUUCAGAGCGACAUUUUUCUUUCGUCUUUUUCUUGGUUGUCAAAGAAUGCGUGUGACUUGAUUCGACUUAAGGAAUCGCAGAAAAAGAGUAGCUUAGUCUGUCAAGAAUUCUCUUAGUGCAUGGAACAAUACAAAAAAGUUUGUUUACAAAGCUUGAUAAAGAAGCAAGGCUGAUUGUACAGCUAUGAGAAUGUCUAUUGUUGGGGCGAUUGUGAUAUCCCUAAAUUUACUUUUCCAUUUACCAAUUCUCGGUUCCUUACUCAUGUUUCACAAACUCACGCGCCUUUUUUGGAUUCAAACCGUGGACGGAAGUCCAGUAAACUACAUCAUCGUAAAUCACUUACCGUAGUGUUCUAGGAUCCUUUUUCCAAGUUUAAACAAAGCUGGAAUUGGCACCGCAAUCGGGCUUUUACGUCUUGACUGCUUACUUGAGGAUGAGUUUACAAAUUGCAUGCUUUGUAGUAAAAAUAAUUAUACUUUAUUCAAAUACAUAUAUGCAUAUAAACAUGAUACAUGAUACAAAUCAGGCACCCAGGCCUAUCCCUAUACUGAACCUUAAAAAUAUUUAAACAUUUAAAAAGACGCGCGUAAAAAUCAUUAGUGCAGGUACACUGAAAUGGUAUACCUGGUAUACUGUGUCAAUAAACCUUCAUCCAUCUUUUUAAGCCUUUUUUAAAAUUUGUUAACGUUAAUUUCGUCGGUGAAAAGAUGGUUUGGCAAACUGUUCCAGUCUUUGACGAUUCUCAAAAAGAAGGAGUACUUAAAGGAGUUAACUUUGGCUAAUUUAGUUUGUGUUUUGUAUGGAUGGUUGGCUCUAGUGUUUUUACUUCUACAAAACUCGAAAUAGUCAUUAAAGUCUAGGCCAUUUAGACUAAACACUGUCUUGUACCAUUCCACCACAGAUAGGUAUUCUCUUCGAUGCUGAAGUGUGUUCCAGUUUAGCAAUAUACAUCGUUCUUCAUAUGACAUCUCGCGUGGUUUUUGACUGCGAGCGAUUCUCGAUGCUCUUCGUUUUACUUUUUCGAUUGCCAUCUUGUCUUUAACUAAAUAGGGCGACGCGACCAUACCAGGCAUGCGUAUUCUAGGAGUGGUCUAACCAAGGACUUGCGGAGCAUAGAGAAAAUUUCCCCGUUCUUGCUACCAACUGUACGCUUUAGUAGGCCAACCACUUUCUUUGCUUUAUUUACAAUUACAUCCACGUGACUCGACCAGGAUACGUCUCUUGACACAUGAACGCUCCCCGGGGGGGUACUCCCUUAUAUAAGCCAUAUGGGUAUGUGCCGCAUCAUCGGGUAGGGUUUUUGUGCCGUUUUGGUCUGAAAACGGUUAUACACUUUUCCCAUUUUGGUCUGAAAUAGGGUGUGGUUUUCGAGGGAACUACAGGAGGAGUGUAUGAAGGUAUUUAUCGUUUCAAUUCCAAAUGAGUAAGAAAGAAAGAGAAAUAUGCGAAUUCGAAAUGGAUUUGAAGAAUUUGUUUGUUUGCGCUCCAAUCUCUGAGUUAUGAUAACAUAAUUUCCGCCAAAGGCCAGGUCUGAAAACGGGUAUAGAUUUUAGACUGUCUGGGGGCCCGUUUCUCGAAAGUCCCGGUAACUUUUCGGGCCCGAAAUCAAAUAUUCAAAUCGAAAUAUAAAGAAUAAGAGCGCGGGUACUGGCUAGGAAACUACUCCAUUUUGUUUCACUAACUGAUAGUUUUAUCAUGUUAGAUGCAAAACUAUUGAAACCAGGAUCUUUAAUGUAAACGGAGACAGCUUACCGGGCCCGUUAAUUAUCGGGACUUUCGAGAAACGGGACCCUGGUCUCAAAACGGGUGCGGAAAAUAACACUUUUUGGUCUGAAAUCGGGUCAGGAUUUGGAGAACAGGGCGGCACACCCCACCAAGAAUUCCCAGGGGUACCCCCCACCCCCCCGCCCCGGAUGAACACCCAGGUCCUUGCAUGAAUUAACUGAUUAUUAAUCUGUAUUCGAUAGGUAAUGAGGAUGUUUACUUUUGUCUUGCUUUUACGUAAUUCUCAUCACUUAAAAUCAAGGGACCCAGUUGAGUUUUAUUUUUCCCUCCAUCGUGACAAUGUUCUUCGUAGCUCGCUCCCCCUGGCCUUACGUCCAGCUCCCUCAGCACUCUCACAUGGUCUGAUAAUGACAACAUCUUAUUAUUUCAUAUCCUUACUCAAGCUUAAGAUAUUGAUAACGCAUCUAGAAACCCAGGAGGCCAUUUGGUAAUUGGCUUUUUUUUUUAGAAAUAAUGAUACAAUGAUAAUUAAGGUAAUGGCUCUAUUAUUCAUGAAGGGGGAAGAUUGACUAUGUUGUUUGUUGACAUUUCUUGCUCGCUACAAGCAGGUGUGUAUUUGAGGAUGUUUCAAUGAUACUAAUUCUAAUAAAGUCCAACUAAAAUUUUGAUGGAAUUGUGAAUAAAGUAAAAGGAGCUCGCGUGACGUACUGGGCUUACGCACAGGGAACUUGCGCAAUGAUGAAAACCAAUCAAAAAGCUUCUUCUAUUGACGCCGGUUCCCUCCGACCUUUGGACUAACUCGUCUGGGAGGCAUUUUAACUGGCUUUUCGCGGCGACGUUUCCUAGGAAAAUUACCGCGUACACGUUUACAAUAACCAUCCACCGUAUCUUGUAUAUAUUUAUUUCUGAAGUACUAACUACGAUGUCAUUUACAUCAGUUAUCUCGCGGUAAGAUGAAGACCAUUCUCUCGUGUUCUAAUGUAAAAAUUAUCGUAGUCGAAUGUUUGUUUGUGAGGUCAUGUAAUGUCAUAACGUCUUUCUACGUUCUUAUCAUAAAGAUAAUGAAUUUUCUUGUUUUUCCAUUUUAUUCACAAGAUUUUCAUCGUUAGCCGUUGCGCCCUCCUCUUGUUUUACGCUACGUCAUUGCCUAGUUCUACGGAGAAUGGCUUCACAACUUCCAGCCGGUUGUACUGUCGUGCGAGGACAGUUCGAAUCUUUACCCGCCAAAGUGCAAGAAUACAUUGCUGACAAAGCCGAACUGUGCAAGCCGGACAAUAUUUAUAUUUGUGAUGGAUCGAAAGAAGAGAACGAAACACUUGUCAACGAGCUGAUCGAGUCUGGUGUAGUUCUGAAACUUCACAAAUAUGACAACUGGUAAGCUUGUAAUAGAUUGCGUUAUUUUCAUGGCAAUGUUCCGCAUGUAGUUAGUCUAUCACGAUUUUUUAUUUUAUCAAAAAAAGAAAAAGUUGCACUGUCAGUAAUCUUGUGUUGAUUUUACUUACACUGAUUCACACCUUAAGUACCCAAGAUGUCCCACAGAAAUACUAAAACAAAGUUUCCUUCUGUUUUAUCUUUUGACUAAAGCCAAAGUAUUUUCACUUCUAAUCGUACUCAGUUUUUUGAUCGAAAACUCGUCUCAUCCCGCAGCAUUUUGGCUCGAACUGAUCCUCGCGACGUGGCGCGUGUCGAGUCUAAAACAUACAUCUGCACUGAAGACAAGCGAGAAUCAGUACCACAGGUCAAAGAGGGAGUUAAAGGACAGUUGGGCAAUUGGAUGAGUAUAGCGGCUAUGAAGAAAGAGUUGGAUAAAAGAUUUCCUGCGUGUAUGAAAGGUAUGUGCGAUGAUUGUGAUGCUCCAGUGAUGCGGAUGUGAAGUCAUAUUGUAAAAUCAUCGCAUUUAAGUCUUCAUAUCACAAUUUUGCUCUGUGUUACAUGGUUCCAUUUGUAUCAGGCUGUUUUCGAACGACUUUUUCGUUUGCGAAUUCAGAAAAAUCCAAACUUCAUAGUCGUGCUGUCAUGAUGAUGGUUUGCUUGUCUUCUGUUUUGUGAUUGGUUUAAGUUAGGAGGUGUGUCAAGGGGCACGCCACGUAAAUAGAAUAUUGUUAGGUGCUUGUAAUGAUCAAAGGUCGUUUUGAGUCUUCUCGCAUUUAAAAUAUGUCGAAAAUAGUGCUCCUUGUCUCAUAAAAGUUCUCCUAAUAUCUUACUUGUAGAAACAGAUUUUUAAUAAUAAAAAAAAAAUUAUGAGAUCUUGGUGGAUUUGUUUUUAAUUUGGUUACUGUUGAGUAGAGUUCAACAUUUUUGUCAAAUGCUGUGUCAUGUUAAUUUCUGAUGCACUUCCUGAAACUAAUAUCAUAUCACGUUGAAUCAUUAGUUAUAUUUGACAUGUUGUAUUUCAAAGAGCUGAUUGAAAACACUUAAAAUGUUUGUUUGUUUUUUUGGGUCAUAUUUGCCAUAUUCCUUUUACAUUCUCAGUGGUUGCUCCCUUGUUAUUGUACAGGGAAACCCUGUCUUACCCCACACUUCUUCCUGGUUUCUCUUAUAGAUCCACAAGCAGCAAAUACACUUUAGCUAGGAUAAUCAGCAUAAAUUUCUUGUAAAGUGUGCAUGCUGUGUGUUCAUUAGUUGCAGUUGCCUUAUUUUGACUUUAAAAAUACUAAGGGCUUAAAGUGCCUGGCUGCCUGUCUGUUAUUAAGCUGUAUAAGCUAUACAUAUUAUGUUUGCCUUCCUUCUUCAAUCUGUAAGGGAGGAGGGAUGGUGCAUUAGCGAGAGCACUCCCCUCCAACUAAUGUACCAUGGGUCUGAGUCCCAACAUUGACAUCAUAAUUAUGCAAGAUUAGUUUUGAGAGGUUUCUCUCAAGGAAGCAUAGUUUUCCUCUAUAACGUGUCCAAAAUUCCAAUGGAAAGUGUCUCCAAUCAGUUGGAGUCAAUUAGACUUGCCACAAGUCGACUGUAUGAGCACCGAAGGCACAAGGGACACUUGCAAAGCGAGCGACGUAAGUCACAAGUCGACUUAUUCCGUCUGCAGAAGAUUGAAUUUAAUUUCAAUAAUGUUGGUGCAAAAAAUGGUUUGGGUGUAAGUUUGAAAGCCUGCUGAAGUAAACAGUUCUCAUACGACUGGCUGUUGACUGACUGGAGAUUACCUGACCUAAAACAAAACUGUUUCUGUAUUCCACUUUCUUAAGUCAGUCCCGGGGUCAAUCUUCAACCAAAAUUGAAGGAAGCAACUUGCAUCUCGUGUGUAAAGUCUUUGAAAUUCGAAUUUUCACUGAAGUCUUCUUAUGGACCACUCUAAGACGUCAGCCCUCAUGAAUGUAGAUUUAAUAAAGAAAACUGUUCGACUGAAAUUAUUUGUGAAAACUGUGCCAGAAGCAAUGAAAAUGUAGUGGAAAAGGUCCUUUGAAUAAAGGAACAAUAUUUAAUACCUCGUUCAAAGAGAAGCUGGCAGCGGACGUUUCUGCUGUUGUACGCGAUAUGUUUUCAAAUGGCGAGAUGUGAAAUGUCAGUCUUUUUCCUAGAUUUGGCGAUACAACCAUCAAGAAAUUCAAAGAAAUCUUGACCACUAACACACCCUUCUACCACUAUGCUUUGAUUCUCUCUAAUUUAUUUGAAGCCUUGUUUGAAGCUAAGUUUCCUUAGACCUGCUGGCGUUAAAUCCCUUUGUGAACAUUCAUUUCUUACGCUUCCUUCACUUCAAAGCCAAGCGAGUGCCAAGCCAAGGAAUCGCCUGGAUCAAGUUUACCAAGAACUAAUGUCACAAGAUCACACUGCCGACCAGAAAACUGGUCAGUCAAAAAUAGCGUGCUGCAGGCGAGAAAAGUCAGUUUCCCGACUGACCACCUAACCAGUAGAAACCGGAAACGGCUUUGAGAAAGUCUAGGAGACAAUAUAAUAUUAUCAUUAGCAGGCCUCGCUUUUAUCACUUUUUGGAAGUCAAGUGUUACACACUAAAUAAAUCUUUGUUGUUGUUUUUUUGUUCAUCCACAUUAUUGUUGCCGUAGCACAGAUGCAGUCAGUUAUAAACCACAAUUCAGAUCUAGGGGUCAUAUGUCUUGUGUUUCACUUGCAUACUGAAGGUAGCAUCACAGUUAUCUUUGAAACUAACCCCUUAUCGCAUUUAGUAUGACUGACUGCAGUAUUUGUUCAUCCUUUUCAGGUCGCACUAUGUAUGUAAUGGCAUUCAGUAUGGGACCUGUUGGAUCACCAGUUUCUAAGAUUGGCAUUCAACUAACUGACUCUUCCUAUGUUGUGUGUUCCAUGCGUAUUAUGACACGGAUGGGUGCUGAUGUGAUGAAGGUUCUUGGUGAUGGUGACUUUGUGAAGUGUCUUCAUUCAGUUGGUGUACCUAAACCUGAACCACCUUCCCAGUACAAAUGGCCUUGCAAUCCAGACAAAACUAUUAUCUCGCACUUUCCCCAUGACCGUGAGAUAAAGUCAUUCGGGAGUGGUUAUGGAGGAAACUCUCUUCUGGGAAAGAAGUGCUUUGCUCUCAGGAUUGCAAGCACCAUAGGUCGUGAUGAAGGAUGGCUUGCAGAGCACAUGUUGGUAUGAUAAAGAUUAAUUUAAACAAAUUUGAAUUCCUUGAUUAUUAUGUUGUUCUGGUAACUUUCAUGUCUAAUAUUCAUCAAAAUGAUAUAGUUUGUAAUUAAGGGGAAGUUUGAGACAGUCAUCCGCUGGGUUCCUCCUUACUUGAUAGUACAGCUUAUGGAAACUUUUUCUUCAUUUAGAUAUUAGCUCUUACAAGUCCCAAAGGAGAGAAGAAAUAUAUUGCUGCUGCAUUCCCCAGUGCUUGUGGUAAAACUAAUUUAGCCAUGAUGACACCAACGUUACCUGGCUGGAAAGUUGAGUGCGUUGGAGAUGACAUUGCUUGGAUGUGGUUUGAUGAAGAAGGUCAGCUGCGAGCUAUCAAUCCUGAAUUUGGAUUCUUUGGAGUUGCACCAGGGACAUCAGACAAGACAAACCCAGUUGCCAUGAAAAGUGUCACUAGUGGAACCAUCUUUACAAAUGUGGCUCUAACAAGUGAUGGCGGCUUUUGGUGGGAAGGUAACCAGAAAAGUGCAGUGUACGAGCAUACAGUAGUUUUCAUGUUACCUUUUAUAUGCUUCUUAAAAAUCUUCAAUGAUUGAAAAUACAUUAAGUAGCUAGUAGCUUAAACUAUUGUUACUUUCUGCCUCCCAUGGAACAAAAUUAAACAUUUUGGUGAAAGUUAGGUCUGUAAAGCCAUACUUUGUGAAGGACAGCAGGAACAUUAUCAUGAAUUUCCAGAGAGGACGUUUUCUGGAAUUGUACCCCACAAUCUUGGUUUGUUGUGCUCUUAUUCUUAUUUGUCAACUGAUGUUGGUACACUCAGUGACCAUUGCUUACAUGUAGUUUACUCCAAAGAAUUUUGGGCUAAUGUGGGAUAAUACCCAACAGGGUUCUCAUUAAGUGCUGGCAACCAGCUAAAAAAUCAGUUUCUUUGAAUAUUGAGCCAUCUACGUUUUGGGGAUAAAGGGUAGUCUGUACAUAUCAGGUGAGAGAGUGAAAGUGUGAAAUUGUCUUCAGUACUCAGCUGUCUAAUUGCGUACUUUAACAUCCUAUGUAGCUGUUUACUCUAAAAUUUAAUGACAACCCUGACCCAAAGUUCUGUUUAUCAGAGUACCUGCUAGCAAGGCUAAGAUGUGAAUUGUUGUUGUUUGUUGUACAGGUUUACCUGUACCAGAAAAUGUUAGUAUCACAAGCUGGUUAGGAGAGAAAGACUGGAAGCCUGGCAACACCAAGGGGGCACAUCCAAACUCCAGGUUUUGUGCUCCAAUCAGCAAUUGCCCAGCCAUGGACAAGGAUUGGGAGAAUCCUAAAGGUGUUCCUAUCAGUGCAAUUCUCUUUGGUGGCCGACGCCCUAUGGGAGUUCCUCUGGUUUAUGAAGCAUUCAACUGGCAGCAUGGUGUGUUUAUUGCGUCUGCCAUGUCAUCUGAAGCUACAGCUGCUGCUGAGCAUACGGCAAAAACAGUAAUGAGAGAUCCUUUUGCAAUGAGGCCCUUCUUUGGAUACAACUUUGGCAAAUACAUGGAGCACUGGCUGAGCAUGCCAAAGACCAAAGGCCGAAGAAUGCCAAAGAUUUUCCAUGUAAAUUGGUUCCGUCUUGAUGCAAAUAGAAAGUUCUUGUGGCCAGGUUAGUACCUAAACAAACCAGUCUCAUAAUUAUUGUACUGAACAGUUAGAGAGUAGUUUAUCAUGGUCUGAUCAUCAAGCUCUUAAAUGUUAGCUUCUUGACCAAAUAAUAGUCAUCCUUUUUUGUCUGAAAUUUUAAACUGAAAGCAUUUUAUGGUUCUGGUGAAGGUAGGUCAAGAUUAACACCUUUUACAAGAAUCAAAGUGAUAUAAUUUCACCAAUAUUAUUACAUUACCCAGGGCUUGACGUUGCGACCCGUGGGGUCGCCAAUGUGACCAGCUUCUACUCAGUGGCGACUAAAUUUUCACGCCUGGUCGCCAAUCUGGCCCCCAAGAUAGAUGACUUUCUUCUUUGGGAAAACAUACACUAACGAUAAUUUGUUAUCCUUCACAAAACCAACAGAUAGCUAACAGUUUUGCUAAUGUUCCAAUGUUUUGCCCAAAUGCUCUAAUGGGUUGUCAAAACGUUUUAAUGAUUUCUUCCAACACUCUAACAGAUUGUUCUUAUAAUCUAACAGUUGGUCCGUCUAAUGUGUGACUUUUACUUGAAAGAGGAUUGUGAAAAUCACAAGUGAUGAAUUGGAUGGAAGUCUUAUAGACUUUUGGGCAGAUUGAUCGCAAUUCUCAACAGGUCGUCCAGUGUUUCUCCGGGAAUGACUUUUAGCGGAUUGAUUUCAAACAAUCUCUUAAUGUCGAACAUGUAUCUCGAUUGUGGACUUGAUGGCAGAUUAAUCUGAUAUAAGCUUAAGCUAAUUGAGAACGAACGGCUCUUAUUUCUUGAGCUUCUUGUAAACAACUUUAUUGAAUUUCUGUUGAGCUUGACGACCCCAAUAAAAGCUCUGCCGUAUUUUAUUGACUUCUAAUGAAGUACCGUUGAACUCAUGCUGUUUGUCUCACAGACUUCUUGCGAAAUCAACUUCUUUGCCCGAUGCAUUAGCGACGUUUCCUCUUUCCGGAGACUUUUGAUCAUGUGCUACGCAACCGCGGAAUAGAUCAAGUUUCACCGAUGUUCAUUUCUGAUCAUGAAAAUGCAUGGGAUGCAAAACAAACUUUGCAGAUUUUGUUCUUUAAUAACCCAAAUAAGUUUUCUUGUGAUUUCUAAAGUUUGCUUAUGUAAAUGUGUAUUCCAUUGCUUGAAUACUUGUUUGAGUAGAUUUACACUUGAGUGCGGGUUCAUUUUCACGAACACCAGCUAGUAAUCGAGCCUCUAGCGAAAACUGUUCGAAGGAAAGUUCAAAGGAAGUCUAAAGAAUUCUUUUUCUGGCAAGGCUAAGUAAAAGUUGUUAAGUUUAUUGUAUUCUGUUACCGGUAGUUCUUAAAAUAAUAUAAUUUUUGGCGACUAGAAUACUUGUUCUGGCGACCAAAAAUGAAAACUUGGGGGCCAGCUGGCCCCGAGAUUUUUUUCUGAAAGUCGAGCACUGUUACCUGAAUAUUUCAGUCUUAUAUGUAUCUAUAAACUUGAUGUAAUUCUUUUUUUAUACAAAGUGCUGACAACCUUAUCUUAAACUCCAUUGUUGCUUUUAUUUUGAAGGAUUUGGAGAGAACAGCCGUGUUUUGGAAUGGGUUACUAGACGUUGUAAUGGAGAGGAUAUUGUUGAUGUUAGUCCCAUUGGAUUCAUCCCAAAGAGUGGUACGAUAAACACAGAGGGCCUGGGAGACAUAAACAUGGAAGAGUUGUUUAGCAUCCCUAAAGACUACUGGCUGGAGGAGUGUCAGUCUGUCCGUCAAUACUACGAUGAACAGCUAGGAGAAGAUUUACCACAACCUAUUUUAGAUGAAUUAAAUGCCCUUGAAUCAAGGCUAAAUGCACUUUAA